AUGGUCGAAAUCAAACAAUAUCACCUAGUGCCAACAAGGCUCAUCCCCAAUUCACCCCGGCCUUUACUGCACUACAAGGGCGUCCUCACCAAACGCCCCGAUAUCUCACACUGCGACCCAGUCGAAGUUUGGGACAUGUUUACGAAAAACGAAUGGGAUGUACAAUGGAUCUUCCGAUACGGUCCCACGCAAAUCUCCCACUAUCACUCCCAAGCCCACGAGUGUAUGGCAGUGCUCUCGGGGACAGCCAAGAUCCGCUUCGGUGUGGCCGAUACAUCGCCAGACAUGCACGAGAACACGCACGGGUCAGCAUGGGAAGAUGGCGGUGUCGUUUUACAGGCUGAAGCAGGAGAUGUUUUCAUCAUCCCAGCGGGCGUCGCUCAUAAGACACAUGAUACCAAGCCGGAUGCUGAGUUCGCAUUAUUGUCCCCGGGGACGGGACACGGGAUCGAAGCCGAGAAUCCGGUGGAGGCGCUAUCGAAGAUUCCACUUGAGGGGUUUACCAUGAUGGGAGCGUAUAGUGGAGGAGAUUGGGAUUUUGUUGCGACAGGGGGUGACUUUGAGAAGGUGUGGAGUGUUCCGAAGCCCAAGCUUGAUCCUGUCUUUGGGGCAUUGGAGAAUGGGCUUCGAGGAAGGUGGUUGGGUAGCGGUGUUGCAGCUAAAGCUCAGCUCUGA